UGGACUUCAUCUCCUCGGUGAUCUCGGUUUCCCUCCAUCACACAAAGAUGUCUUGCUAUCCAGAAUGCGGGGUGGCCCGACCCAGCCCAGUUUCUGGCACCUGCAACGAGCCAUGUGUGAGGCAGUGCCCUGACUCCGAAGUGGUGAUCAGACCCUCACCGAUUGCCGUGACCAUCCCAGGGCCCAUUAUGAGCACCUUCCCUCAGCAGAGUGAAGUGGGAGCUCUCGGAGCCCCUGUGGUGGGAUCCGGCUACGGCGGCUCAUUUGGUGCGGGAGCACUCUCUGGAUAUGGAGCGCCUUAUGGGGGAAUGUACGGCUUGGGAGGUUUGGGUGGUUAUGGUGGACAUUUUGGUUAUGGGGGUCUCUGUGGUUAUGGAGGUGGUUAUGGUUACGGGAGAGGUUUUGGGGGACUCUGUGGUUAUGGGGGAGGUUAUGGGGGACUCUGUGGUUAUGGGGGAGGCUAUGGGGGACUCUGUGGUUAUAGGGGAGGUUACGGUUAUGGAGGAUCUUGUGGCACUGGAGUAUCUUGUCAUAGGUACCUGAGUGGAAGCUGCACCCCAUGUUAGACACGGCAGGAAUCUCUAUGGUCAAAGAAAACCAGAAAAUUAAAAGCAACCAAUAGAUUCUGAUAUUGAUUUCAGAAGGGCUGUAUUAGCCAGGCUGAAGCUGAGCCUCACACGAGCGCUAUCUGCCCAGCCCCUUUCUCUCAUGGACCCAUUUCUAAUGUCUUGCUAGGAACUCUUUCUGCCAAUGCUUUCCCAACCACAUGCUUCUUCUCUUAGUUACAUGUGGACUCACUGAGAAUUACGCUCACCCUGUUUAUAAUAACCGUACAGUGUGAAGCAAAGAAGGGGCUUAAGAAAGGCGUCAGUCGUAUUUAUUAAUUUUUUGGCCGACCUUGCAGCUGCAAAAAAAGAAAAAGAGCUUCUUGCCUCAAAUAGCCCAUAUUAAAGCAGCAGGAAAACAUUCUCUCUGGUUUGUAUUGUCGCUUUCUGUAAUUGUGUAUCGCAAAUGUCAUUCACAUUAAAAACUCUAUUGC